AUGUCUUCCAACAAUACAUCUUCAGCGGAAUUCAUGGGUGAUGUGCGAUGUAGGUGCAGAUAUUUGGCUCCAUUGAAGAUGUCAUGGAGUUAUGCUAACCCAGGGAAGAGAUAUAGGGCAUGUCCAAGAUACGGGGGAAACGAGAGCUACCGGUAUUUUGAAUGGAUGGAUUACGAUGCAUCCAAACGCGUAGCAAAGGUGAUUAGAGGUUUGUUGAAGAGGGCAAAUAACUAUGAAAAGGAGAUUGAGAAGCUGAAUUUAUAUUUCUUCCUCGUAGAUGUUGGUUCAUUAGCAGCAACAUCUGUUGUUGCAGUUGAAAUAAAAUUUGAAACAGUUGGGAUUGCAUUGUCUCCACCAGUGGCUUGA